AUGCCACCACUCAAACUCGCCCGUCCCCUCCUCCAACCAUCAUCAUCACACCACCACCACCUCACAACAACCCAACGCCGCACCUUCCUCCCCAACCCCUUCUCCUCCCUCUCCCCUUCCCCUUCCACCCCUCAAAUCCUAACCGCAACCCGCACGCUCCCCUACCCCCCCUCGCCCGUCUACUCCAUCAUCGCCGACGUCCCAUCCUACUCGUCCUUCCUCCCCUACUGCGCCCACAGCACCGUCUCCAAAUGGUCCGCGCCAGACCGCCACUACAACCGGCGCUGGCCCUCGGAAGGUGUCAUAACAACGGGCUUCGGCGCCAUCACCGAGAGCUUCGCAAGUCGCAUCUAUUGUGUACCCGGCCGGUGGGUCGAGAGUGUGGGCGGCGAGGCAGAGACGUCGUUGGAUGCGCGCGAGGUGGCGCAUCAUUUUGCCCAAGCAGGAACCGAGCAGCGGAAGGGGGGGACGAGAGAGGGAAGCAAUGGACUCCUGACAUAUCUACGCAGUAAAUGGCAAGUCGAGCCGGUACGCGAGGCGCACACACGAGUGAGUCUGGUGGUGGAGUUUUCGUUUGCGAAUCCCAUGUAUGCGGCGUUGAGUGGGGGUGUGGCGCCCAAGGUCGCCGAAUACAUGGUUAGGGCGUUUGAGACGAGGGUGCAGGAGGUUUUGGAGCGGAAUCCAGAGAUGGUGACGGCGAGUUUGGGGGACAUGGAGGGGAGUGCGAUGAGGAGGAAGUAA